AUGGAAGUCAAUCAAGAAAAUCUUGAUCCUUUCUUACUUCCAUCUUUCACUCUCAUCUUCAUCUCCAUAUAUCUUCUUGGCUACACAACACUUUUCAGGAAUUGGGAUUCCAAACAAAGACCAGAAGCUUCAAGUUGUCUAAUCUCCUUAGCUCACGGCACACCGGCGGUCCUCUUAUCAAUCUACGCCACUUUCCUCCACCAACAACCACCGCACCACCACCACUUCGCCGCCAAAAACAUACCAUUCCAAACCCUAGUUCUUGAUUUCAGCAUCGCGUAUUUCUUCACAGACACUUCACAUUACUUCAUCUUCAUCCCCAAUGAUCAUUUAUUCAUUGCCCACCAUUUAGCCGUUCUCUAUGUGUUCAUAACCUGCCGGUUUGUGGUGGGUUCCGGCGGGUCCGCCGUCCUCCUCCUCCUUAUGUUGGCUGAGGUGACUAGCCCCUGUCAGAAUGCAUGGAGUCUUGCUAGGUUCCGGAAAGAUGAUGUGGCAUCGGCGGCGAGGUUUUAUGGUGGUUUAUCUCCUUAUUUUUAUGGGUUUUAUACGGUGGUUAGAGGGGUGGUAGGGCCGUUGGUGGUGCAUAAAAUGGUGGUGUUUUACUUGAACGGCGGUGGCUCCGGCAAGAUUCCGGUGUGGGCUUGGGUUUCUUGGAUGGUUGUGAUUGUGAAUGCAAUCUUGGUUAGUGUUUUGUGGGUGUCUAAUCUUUGGUUAAACUUGUUUAAAGAAAGAAGCAAGAUUAGGAAAUUAAGUUAG